ACGUACCUAAGUAAACACGUCGGUGUUUUGUAAUAUUUGCGUUCGAUAAGUGAUCGGAAAUUUUUGGAUAUUUACCAUAUUUAUUAAAAAUAUCCCAGGUCGCAGUUUGAGUUCGACUCUCAUUACAUAAAGCUGCGUAACUUCACAGAAAUUUAAUAAAAUGGCGAGCAAAUUAAUCAAAAUCGGUUUCAUCGGUGGCGGGAAAAUGGCGCAGGCGAUGGCCAAAGGAUUCAUAAAAACAGGAUUAACUCGAGGGGAAUCGAUGAUUUCCAGUUGCCACCCUUCCGAUUUGCUAUCGGUAAAGGCUUUCAAGGAAAUAGGAGCAAAAACAACCUUCGAAAACGCCCGAGUGGUAAAUGAUUCAGAUGUAGUAGUACUUGCCACAAAACCACAUAUAAUUCCUGUGGCUCUAGCCGACAUCAAAAGGGAUGAUGAAAAGGCUAAUAAAUUAUUUAUGUCAAUCGCCAUGGGAGUGACUAUUAAACAAUUAGAACAACUGCUCCCCUACAAGGCUAGGAUAAUUAGGGUGAUGCCCAACACGCCGGCUUUAGUUCAAAGCGCGGCUUCGGUUUUCGUAACCGGUUCGAAUGCUACCAAAGAAGACGCUGUGAUUACCAAAAAACUGCUGGAAUCGAUCGGAACCUGCGAAGAAGUGCCCGAAAGCUACCUGGAUCCCAUAACGGCUUUGAGCGGAUCCGGACCUGCUUAUGUGUAUAUAAUGAUAGAAGCUUUGGCCGAUGGAGGUGUUAAAAUGGGUUUGCCUAGAGAUUUGGCUUUGCGAUUGGCCUCGCAAACUGUCCUGGGUGCUGGGCAAAUGGUUAGAGAUACGAAUAUCCAUCCUGGGCAACUCAAAGACGACGUAUCAUCACCAGCUGGCUCCACUUCGCACGGUUUGCAUCAUUUAGAACAAAAAGGAUUCCGUUCGGCAAUAAUCGGAGCCGUCGAAGCAGCAACAGAACAAUGCCGUACCGUUUCCGCUCAAUGAUAACAACGUUAUUUAUUCGUUUUUAGUUAGUACCAAAGUGAUUGUAUAAUUUAUUUAAACUGUAAAUAUAUAAAAAAAAUGUGAC